CCUGAAGUGUUUCAUGGUGACAUGGUCCCUCUGUUUUCUCCAUUUGCUCUCUCGCAUGCAUCAGCACCCUGAUUCCCUCUCUAAUUCCAUUUCUUCUCCUCUUUUCUGCUCCCCGUUUACACAAUAUUAGCCACACAGAGAGAUGGCAGGGGCGGCCUCUUUUAGGUGGAUACUACAGCUUCAUAAGGACGUGCCAAAAGCAGCUCGUUUCUACUCUGAAGGACUGGAUUUCACCGUAAAUGUGUGCACUCUUCGUUGGGCUGAACUUCAAUCUGGAUCUCUUAAGCUCGCUCUCAUGCAAUCCCACAACAAUCAUCUUGUGCAGAAAGGGUAUUCUUCUUUGCUGUCAUUCACGGUAACUGACAUCAACACGACAGUGACAAAACUCAUGGCCUUAGGUGCUGAAUUAGAUGGCCCCAUCAAGUAUGAAAUCCAUGGAAAGGUUGCAGCAAUGCGGUGUAUAGAUGGCCACAUGUUGGGCCUCUAUGAAUCUGCAUAAAAGCAUCAGAUACAAGUGAUUUCUAUAUCAAUUUCAGUAAUACUGGUUGAUCUUUCUGCGACGUGAACUCUUUUGAGGACCAGGAGAGAAUGUAGGCAACUUUUCCAUUCUUUGGAUUUCCUUCAAUAAUUGAUAGUGUUUUUUCGUCCAGAUCAAUCAUACAUUGAGUGUAUAGUGUUGGACCUGAAAAUACGGCCAAUAUGGCAAGUAAAUAUUACUGAAGAAGAGGGGGCUCUAAGUGAAAAUUACUGCGUAAGAUCGUCAGAUACAAGAGAUUUCUACAUCAACUUCAGUGAUACUGGUUGAUCUUUCUGUGACUUAACUCUUUUGAGGACAUGGAGAAAAUGUAGGCAACUUUUCCAUUCUUUGGAUUUCCUUCAAUAAUUGAUAGUGUUUUGUCAUCCAGAUCAAUCAUAGCUGUGCAUAGAGUGUAUAGUGUUGGACCUGAAAAUACAGCCAAUAUGAUCAGUAAAAAUUACUGAAGAAGAGAAAGGGUUCUAUAUUUUUUUCCCUUCAAUA